AUGACCUCCAAAUCCACCGCCCAAGAGCCCCCGGUGGAACUGCCCCCCGCUGGCCGUGGCUAUAGGGUCUACAAGCGCCGGUUCUGGGGUCUGGUGCAGUUGGUCUUGCUGAAUAUCGUCGUGAGCUGGGAUUGGUUGACCUUUUCCUCCAUCUCGACCACGGCGUCGGAGCAUUUUGGGGUAUCGGAGAGUGCCAUCAAUUGGAUGAGUACCGGCUAUCUCUUCGCCUUUUGUGUCGCCAGUCCUGUCGCGAUCCUCACUCUCAACAAAGGAGGCCCUAAACCCGCCAUCAUCACCACGUCGGCUCUCUUGCUGGUGGGUAAUUGGAUUCGAUAUGCCGGCACUCGCGCCCGCGGGGGCAUCUUUGGCGUCGCCAUGUUCGGCCAGAUCCUUAUCGGAUUCGCACAGCCCUUCUGUCUGAGUGCUCCGACUCGAUAUAGUGAUCUGUGGUUUUCAGAUCGCGGACGAACCAGCGCAACCGCUCUGGCAACACUGGCCAAUCCGUUGGGCGCAGCACUGGGCCAGCUGAUCGAUUCAUUCUGGGCCGAAGAAGCGAGCGAGAUCCCAGACAUGGUUCUCUACAUCUCCGUCAUCGCCACGAUCGCUUCCCUGCCUUCUUUCUUCCUCCCUGCAAACCCCCCCACGCCCCCGAGCGCCUCGUCCGCCGCCACCGUCCAGGCGCCUCUCCUGCCAGCCCUCGGUCAGCUGCUGCGCACGCUGGAGUUCUGGCUCAUCCUGAUCCCCUUCUCCGUCUACGUCGGCUUCUUCAACAGCGUUUCCUCGCUGCUCAACCAGAUCCUCUCCCCGUAUGACUUCAGCGAGACGGAGGCGGGCAUCGCCGGCGGCAUCCUCAUCGUCGUCGGCCUGAUCAGCUCCGCCAUCAUCUCGCCCAUCACCGAUCGCUUCAAGCACUACCUGGGCACCAUCCGGGUGCUGGUGCCCAUCGUGGCCAUCUGCUAUAUCGCGCUGAUCUUCGCGCCGGACAGCCCUGCCGGCAUAGCGCCCUCGUACGUCGUGCUGGCCAUCCUGGGUGCCGCCUCGUUCGGCCUCCUUCCCGUCGUGCUGGAGUACCUCGUCGAGAUCACGUAUCCGUUUUCGCCGGAGAUCGGCAGCACGACCUGCUGGACGGGCGGGCAGCUGCUGGGCGCCAUCUUCAUUCUCAUCCAGGACGCGCUGAAGGCCGGCGACCGGGCCUCCCCGCCCGGGAAUAUGCAGCGCGCCCUGAUCUUCUCGGCCGUCAUUGCGGCGGUCGCGGUGCCAUUUCCCAUCUGCAUUGGGCUGUUUGGGCGUGACGUGCGGCGCCGACGGCUGGAUCUCGACCGGGGAGUCGAUUUGGACGCCGUCGAAGACGGUCGGGUUGAUGUGCAGCAGAUGCAAAGCGGCGAGGACGGUGCAUCCCCUGCAAGGUCCAGGUUCGAUCUCAAGUUUUGGUCGAGAUGAGGUCGGUGGCUGGGGACGUUGGAGUUGCUUGCGAUGAGAUAUGCCAAUACCCUUUUAGUUUUGUUUUUGUUCGUUGACGUUUGCUGCUGUCGAGAACCCUGCUUCUAGUCAAUUAAGUGUCAUGUACUCCGUAUCAUGUUAGCCAUUCAUAAGUAUCGUGUUAGUUUAAGGUGGUGUCUUGACGCUCAUCG